AUGUCGACUCUUAGGCUUGCGACAGCUUCCAAUGUACGCGCUUUCCAGAUACUGACCGAAGCUCUCGACGCAAGCAACGGGAAGUGGUCGCAAUGGAUUGAAAGCGAAACACUCGACGAUGAGGUCGGAAGAUUCAGAGUGUGGGCUGGCAAUUUGGGAGCGUUGCAGAAAGGCCACAGCUCGCUCGACUACAGACUGCGCGGCUCCCCAGUCUUAUUCAGUAGCGCCCUCAGACUACUGAAUGAGCUUGAGCAGAAUCUGAAUGAAACAUAUGCUAUCGUAUCUGAGGCGCGCCUGCCUUAUGAACAGCAAACGCCAUCGGAGGGUUCUGACGAUGAUAGCGACCGUGGCUCGUCCAGCGAGGAAGAGGAACACGACUCUGACAGCGAUGAGCCUAGAAGCGAGUUGCGGAUGAGAUAUGAAGAAAUCGUGGACAUCAUCGACAACCUCUACAAGCUCAGCGUCCGCAUCAGGACACCGACCGUACGCUCAAGAUCGCUCAAAGCCUCUGCCUAUACGCCAGUGGAUCCAGAGACUGGUGUGGAUAUCCUCGGUGUGUACGCUGAACUGGAUCGAAAGCAUGUUCGAGAGCUACUCUCGCAGCUACGAAAGACGCAUCCUGCACAGAAUGAGGAAGAUCAGGACUUCUUGACUGAGCGGUUGAGCUCUUCUAUCACAUUGCGUAGGCGGCAUUUCAAGUAUUGGAAGCGUCAUCGUGAUAAGUUGGGCGCUUCCGCAGAUUCCGAAGAAAUGGCAAAUGCUGGCAAACCUACAGCGAAUGAAGCGCUAGCUCCGAUGCGUCAUGACACUCUUGAAGCUCACCCAGACCUACAGCCGUACAUUUGUACACACCGGGACUGCGAGAGUGCCGAACUGCUCUUCCGCAGUCGCCGGGAGUGGGCGGAACACGAAGCGACUCAUCGCAAGCUUUGGCGCUGCCCUGAACAUGUGAACGCCUUAUACAACACCCAAGCUGGUCUUGAGAAUCACCUUCGGCAGGAACAUAUCGGUAGCUUCCCCGACGAUCAGAUAGCUAUCAUGGCUAAGAUCGGAGAGACAAUCGCUGUGGACUCACGGGAUAAGUGUCCGAUCUGUUUCGUGCCCACGGUUACUGAAGGCUUGGGUGAUUUGCAGAGCCACAUUGCCAAUCAUCUGGAACGUCUGGCUUCUUUUGCCUUGCCGCAUGGCAGGGAAGACGAUGAAGACGGCGCUAGUAGUGUUGCAAGUCGUGGGAGCUCGAAUUCUCAGUCUUUACCCGAGUCGAUAAUUACCGGUUCAAGCAAUGAGAUGGUCGCACUCAGUCGAGAUCUGGAAACUGAGCAGUCUGUUGAGACGGAGCUCAAUGAGGAAGACCAUCUACUGAUGCAGUUCAGGGAUGAGAACUUGCUAUGGAAGGAGAUCGUAGCGCGCUUUCAGGAAACCUUCAGCAGGCAGUACGAUAUACCAACAAUGCAGAGGCGCCGUAAGCAACUGGUGGAUCUGGCAAACAAGCAAUCUCUUGAGUUCGAGUUCAGUGAGAAAGACCGACUACUGCUACAACUCAAAGAGAAAGAGCACAUGCCGUGGAAGGACAUUGCAGUGCGCUUCUCAGAAGUCUUUGGCACUGAUUACCGAAACCGAAUACCCGCACUCCAGAUGCGUAUGAAGCGAGUAAGGGAACGGAUACUCGAGCAGUAUCUUGCGUCUGGACUCAGUGGGGAAGACCGCCUGCUACUGCAACUCAGCGCCAAAGAUCGCAUGCCUUGGGAGGAGAUUCAAGCGCUGUUCCGGAAAGCCUUUGGCAAGGAGUACGAAAUAACCGCACUCGAGUCUCGGGUGCAGCAACUUUAUGAAGGAAUGAAUAAGCAGUCACUCCUACCAACCGAGACCAGCCGAGGUCUGCUGUCCGCGGAAAUACUACAGCAACUUCCAGACGAAAGUCAAAAUCGAAUGGCAGUGUUCUCAAAUCAAGUGGACAACCUGGACGACCUGGACGACUCGGAAGACGAACAACUCGAGAAUGAACAGCCUGAUGAAAACAUAUUGCCUGAGCACCAGAAACAUCUGGAAGAACGGGAAGCGUUUAGACAACACGUCUCAUCGUUACCAGGAGUUCUAUCGGUUCGGUUUUAUCGCGGUUAUGGCUCAUGGACUGGCCUUAUCACGUUCGCCGAUGAUCUGGUGGGCGAACAAGCAACUGCGCUGUUUGACGCUCAGCAAUUCCCCAACGUUGUGUUCAAGAGUAAAAGGAACAAAAGCAAGUGGACAUUCACCAGAAUCACUGGUACAAGCAAGAAGGACGGCUCCUUCGUUCGCCAGUCAACUGUGGAUACACAAACCACUGAAGAAGCCGAGAUUCUUCCACCCGGAUCUGAAACGUAUGACGAAGAACAUGAAGAUUCAAGCAAACAACCAAUCAUAACGACUGCAGAGAUCCCUACGCUGCGCUCGCUUUAUCAGUCCCGGCGGCUGUUGCAGCGCGAUCAAAGCUUUGCGCCAAACGAUGCUUACAACCAAUUGAUCUCGUUCUGCCAUUACGACCUAACGAGACUGAAAGUGGAUGCCAUAGUCAGCAAUGCCUCCGCUAAUUUCCAGACCGAUCCUGAUCCAGAUUCUCUGCACCACGCUAUCUAUAAAGCCGGCGGCCCAGGCCUCAGGGAAGAGGCAAGAUCGAAAGCUAAGGUCAAAGUGGGUCAAGUCGAGCUCACCCACGGACACAAUCUUCCGAGCUCCUGGGUGAUUCAUGCAGUUGCACCAGGAUAUACCGGCCGCAAAGGAGUUGGUCAAUUCAACGUCCUUUCCGAGUGCUAUCGGAGUGUCAUGAGAAUGGCGGCUAACUACGAGUUCAAAACAAUCGCCUUUCCUUGCCUGGGUACCGGGGGUUGCAUGUUCCCUGCACGUGUCGCUGCACGUAUAGCGCUGCAAGAGAUCAGGGAAUACCUGGAUUCACAUCCUACACAUCGACCUGAGCGCAUCAUAUUCUGCGUACGGGCAGCAGUCGAUGAGAAGGCAUAUACCGACUUUCUACCGGUAUUCUUCCCACCCACACAUGGAGACCUGGACAGAGCCAGAACUUCAGACUGGUCCGCGAACCGUGCUGCGCUGGCAACUCAGGUACUAGAGGCACGUACGCAACUUCAAAAUGCGUUGACUGCAAUCACUGUUACCUACGACUUUGGCACGCAAAGUACGGUCUGUGCUCACGACAUGCGUCGGAUCGACUCUACGCUGAGUUCGAUCCGCAAACAUCUCUUAGGGUCGAAAGAACUCAAGCGGAGUCUGGGCGAUCUCAAUCUACUAUGCUCCGUGACUUUCACGGCAUGUGCUGACAUUAUGGAUAUGGCCGAGCGAGCACGUAAACAGGGCCGCGCUGGAAAUACGCAGUCUAUCUGGACCGAAGCCAACUCCGAUAUACGAGUCAAGCAUGGAUUUGAGCUCACGAGUGUCUUUGACUACAGCUGGAUCUUCGCCAAUAGCUUAGAAGAGGUACUUAUACUUGGCAAAGCAGAACCAGAUGCGAUGGGACGAGCACGCCAGAUUCUGGAGACCUAUGGUGUCAAACAGAAGGGCCAAGAUGCCGAAGGUAUCCGCGAUCAUCUGGAUGAGGUACUGUACGUGCGUGAGGCUGAGCGGCCUACACCCAAACUUCGCGGACUCAUCCAAGUUCAUCAAAUACCCCCCGUAGCGAGGCUCUACAUACUGGGCCAACUGGAAGCGAAGCCUACCAUGGCGAAACCCUCCACUCUAUUCAACCACACUGUCUGCCUAGUGAGAGAGGACAUCACGAGGCUGGAAGUCGACAUCGUGGUAAACUCAACCGACCCAAGCUUCUCCGGCAUGGGCACUCUAGACCGCAGCAUCUUCAAGAAAGGAGGAGAUGAACUGCGCUCGGAAGUCUCAACCUUCGGCAAAUGUGAAGAAGGCGACGUCAAAGCGACUGCCGGAUACCUUCUCCCAGCCAAACACAUUCUACAUGUCGUUCCGCCUGGAGUGUUCAGGAGCGAUACCAAGAACAUCUUGAGGAACAUCUACCGGGCAAUCCUGCACGAUGCCGUACUCAUGAGGGCGACUUCCAUCGCGAUACCGAGUAUCGGAACUGGUAUGCGGAAUUACCCGCGGCGCGACUGCGCGUCGUUGGCGAUGGAGGAAGUGAAGCGCUUUCUGGAAUCUGCUGAGCCCGGUAAUGGGCUUGAUAAGAUUAUAUUCGUUGUCUUUUCUUCCAAUGACGAGUUUGUCUAUAAGAGCCUUUUGCCGAUUUACUUUCCACCAACGAAAGGUAAUACUUCGCCUACUAUCUUGGCGGAACAGCCUGCGCAGGUCGAGGAAAGCUCUUCUUCGUCAUUUUCGGUUCCCACGGAUCAGCCUUCCCCGUCCAUACCUGGAGAAGAGACUACUCGCAGUGUCCGACUUGGCAAACAGCCGGUGAACUCGCGACGCUGGCAUAACGACGCUGAAUUGGCCCUGGCGACUUUUGAUUUGCACAUCGAUUACUGCAGCGUAUGCAAAAUCGGUCUCGAUUCGAAAACCCAUAGACUCUGCGAAGCUGGCUAUCGCAUCGCCCAGGAAGUUUCACAGCAAAUGGAGAUGGCCGAAGAUGCAAAUGUGUACAGCAAGGCGGACAAGCACGAUCAAAGGGAGCGACUGAAGAUACCGAUAGAGAAACUGCCCUACUCCAUGUCUCUGCUUUCCACUAUCGCGAAAGAUGGGGUUGGCUUCUCUGGAUUCACAUUCGCUGAAGUCGAGAAGACUGAAACGACAGACUUUGAUACGCCUGUGUCGAAGCAACAUCCGAUACCAAACGACCCAGACAAUAUUGCGCAGGCUACAGAGCAACCCGCGGUAGUCCGAGUGGAAAUCUUGUCCCCACGCACCGAUACUGGAGACUGGUUCUACUCAUGGGUUCGAGUCUUCAGGAGCAAGAUCGAGAUGUACUCUGGCGAUUAUGAUCCUGAUCCAUACGGAGAAUCUACUGGGCAUGCGCCGUACGCGUGGAUAGAUUUUGCUGAUACUGCGACAAAUGUGGACGGCGGAAAAGGGAUGAUAGUGUCUUUGUGGACAGUACCGCAAGGACCAGACCAAGGAGAAACAUGGCAUUUCCGUAGCUCUGAAGUUGCUGAUUCAAUCGCGCUUCUCGAACUUUUCAAAAGAGCUAUCAAUCGUGGGCGCCAGGAACGGAAGAAGAAGAUAACUGCAGAGGUUGAAGAGACAACGGGCCCGGAAGCGACGAUUAUCGCGGAAAUCGGACGGGAUGUCCUUGAAGAUUCAUCUGCUGGGGUUAAAAAGCCGGAUACUGCGAAGCUCGACGUUCAAGUCCAGAAAGAUGACAAGGCGGCCCACUUUUCGGAAGCCGAAGAUGCGAAUGUUGUAGCACCAGAUGCGGGGCCACGUGCUGUGAUCCGUGUCGAGACUAUCACUGUGCGCAGAGCUUCCGGCUGGACGAACGCCAUUCUAUAUGUCUAUGAGGGCAAGAUCGUUGUGGAACUCGAGGAGAACGAUGGCCCAGACCAACCAUAUGUGACAAUAGACCUCACGAGUGGUAUUCCACAUCUGGGCCGCCGACGUGGGGAUCCUGGAAGCGGCCAUGUGGAUACGGCGUGUCUACGGGUGACAAGCAGGGGAGACUGGGAAGAGGGAGGCUGGGAAAGCACAUGGUACUUUCGCAGCCACGGAGAGUCUGAUACAGACGCAAUGUUCAAUGUCCUUCAGGAAGCCGUCGAUCGCAAUAGGAAAGUGGAGAAAAAGACAGUGUCUACUGAGGUCGAAGAAACGACAAGCCCGGGACCAACGACUGCGCCAAUUGCACAGCGCGAGGAAACUGGGGAAUCUCUCGAUGCGUCGUCUUAUCCUAAAUGGAACCAAAGAUUACGCGACAUCAAAGAUCAAGUCGAAGAGAAACAUCACGGCGGAAAUGAAACGAGUCUACAGCACGGCGCACAAGCAGAUACUGCAUCCAGCUCGCGCGAUGCGUCAGCGAAUUUGUGGCCAGGGUCAAGAAAGCCUGAUCUAGACGCACGAAUCCUUACUUACCUCUACAAUGAUUUCAAGACCCGACCUGGCUCGUACAUAGGUCAGAAUCUCAACGAGAUCGCUUUGGCCCUCAAACACGAGCACCAUACGUUCAUCGCUCAUGCUCUGCGCAGGCUAGCUGCAGAAGGAAAAGUUCACAACACUGUUGACGGUGAGACAUGGGUUAUCUCGCAACCAAACACCAAGCUUCGUACAUCAGAUCAAGAGGACCAACCAGAGGAACCAAGCGAGGCUGAUACAGAUGAUCUCGCUUAUCGCAUUCUGUUACACCUGCAGGAUUCGGAACGAUCCCUUGGUAUCCAUAGCAUAAUUUCUGACCUCCAGACAUGCGAUUCUGCGAUCUGGCCUGCGAUAAGACAAUUAGUAGGCAUGGGAUUAGUUGGAAUCGGGUAUGAUGGUCAAAUAUGGGCUGUGGCCGAGGAGGGCAGAAAGAGAGCACGCGAGUCACGGUUGCAAGCAGCAAAAUCAGGAAAAGCCAUCCAACAAGUCACUGGAUCGACCCCGGGUGCGAGACCUAGCCCAUCUAGCUACUGGUCUAUGUCCGAAUUACAGGAUUUCGAAAUCAAUGUUGCACGCUUUGGCACGGACUGGACCGCAAUGGCGAAUCACAUGGGUACAAAGACACCCAAUAUGAUUAGGAACCAGUAUUUACGUCUGGUCGAAGCUGGAAAACUAGAUUUGGAGCAUUUAGCAAACGAGGCAGAUUGUCGAAACGCUCCCGCUUCUCAACAACUUGCUACGGAGUCCCUCGAGUCCAUGAAUCAGCCCACGUCAGAGGAGGGCAACGCUACUGCUGAAGAGCGCGGUGAUUCCGAAGCUCAGCUAGAGAAAGAUUCCAACCAGGAUGAGGAUACAUCAAACAGCCUAGCCGACCGUGCUUUAUCUUAUCUGAGAAGCUUGUCUGGAGUAAGCGAAAACAUUUCGGAUCUCGCGACUACGUUCGAUACUCCGGUCGCUGAGCUUCAACCAGUACUCAAACAGCUGAGAUCUGAUGGGUUGGUGCAUAAUACGGGGGAUAAUUCGACUUGGGCCGCGGCAAUCUCAACUCGUCAUUUUCGUCCACGGUCGACUCGCAUGGAUCCCCCACCCCACUCUCCAAUCGCAAAGUCAGAUGUCUUGCCGCGUUCUGAUGGUGGUGGCUACAACAUGUAUCCAUGCCCGAACUGGCAGAAGCAGGGUCAUCCUUCAAUUUACGACUUUGUCGAUAGAAAGGAUGAGCUGUGCGCUCAUUGCAUUCAGGCACCGAAACGGGAAGGUGCAGUCAUGGAGAGCGCUACACAUGAUGAUGACACUUCGACAACUCACAUUGAGCCGCCCGGUUCAGGGUCUGCAAUCAUGGACGCUGCAAUUAACAGCGGACAAAUUCAUAUCUCCGAGUCCUCCAGCUAUGAUAACCGCCCCUGGAAUCAAACACCUCUACCUCGGACACAAAUCCCUACGAGUUUCAUAGACGAACGCAUUCUGAUAGAACAAGGGUUUAAACCCGACAAGGAAGCUGGCGUUUAUUAUGUGGAACGCAAAGUCGGACCAGAGGAAACGGGGGAAUGGCUCAGGCGGACGAAAGAGUUACAGGUAAAGGACUCCCAGAUCCCACAGGAACCUCCAGAAGAGACUCAAUCCGUGUUCGCCGAACGAGGCAGCGACUCAGGCGAAGACUUGCAGAUGGGGCGGUCAGAUCGUGAUGAGUUUGUUGAGAGCGUUGAAAGCAUCGCCAAGGCAGAAAGACGCGCUGGAAUGAGGGACUCAGAGAUCGAAGAAGACACGGAUACAGAUGAUGCCAUGGUCAUGAAUUUCGCGCAGACGAACAGGAUGAAGCCACCAAGCUGGAUUCAUGUCAGGCGCAGCAAGAGCCAAAGCCAAAGCCAGGGGUCCGGAGCUUUGCAUUCUGGGAAGAAAAAGCUGGGCCAUGCCACAGAGGGUGACGAUGGAAAUUCCGGUCGCGACAUUCUCGAUCCCAUAGUCGCUAUACCCGAAAAGGAAGGGUAUGAUCGCCUAACCUCGAAGCCAGCAGAGGCCACCCCGAAAGCUCCUGCUACUGACCAAGCUUCCAGUUGGAGAGACGGCAGGGGCACAAAAGAAAGGAGGCAGACCAGAUUCAGUAGGGCAAUGACAGGUGAUAUUGAAGAAGACGUGGAGUCAGGCACAGCGAGUAGCUUGAGAAAAGCGAGGGUUGUAAGGGAAAGGAAACACAAUGAAUCGAGCAAGGCAAAGAAGGAAGACAUUGAUGACGAACUGGAGGACUACGAUGGACAGGAGGAAGACUUUGUAUAA